UUUUCUAAUAUUAAUAUGAGUUUCUUAAAAUUGUCCAUUUUACUUUUUGAAUCUCUUACAGUGCCGAUACCAACCAAUAUUAAAUUUGAGGCCUAUAACUUUAAUACUGUCCUAUUUUGGGACUACCCAACCAUGCCACAGACCCCUGUUUUUACUGUACAGGUAAAGAACUAUGGGGAAGCAAUAUGGAUUGAUGCCUGCAAUACCUCUCAUCAUUAUUGUAAUAUCUUUUCUGUAAUUAAUGAUCCAUCACUUUCUCUGUGGGCCAGAAUUAAAGCUAGGCUUGGACAAAAAGAAUCAGCCUAUGUAGAGUCAAAAGAAUUUAUUUUAUGUAAACAAGGGAACAUCGGACCACCUGCAGUGGGUAUCAGAAAGAUGGAAAACCAAAUCAUCAUUGACAUAUUUCACCCUUUAACUAAUAUAAGUGGAAGAGAGCCAGUACCCAUCUAUGAUGAAAAUUGUCACAUGUUCAUGUACACCGUGGAUUUGAGAAUAAAUGGAAGUAAGACCACGUAUAAAAUGAAAGUAGAGAAUGAAAAUGAUUGCAAUGAGACUCAGUGCCACCUCGUCAUCCCGGUGUCCUCCCUGAAUUCUGACUACUGUAUUUCAGCAGAAGGGGAAUCAAAAGAUUGGUCUGUUAAAACUGAGAUGUCCAAAGAACUUUGUAUUACCACUUCUGAUGAUAACCGCAUGGAAGAUUCUAUUUGGAUUCCAAUUGUUGCUGUUCUCCUACUUUUUCUAGUACUUAUCCUGGUAUUUGUCUGUUGUUACACUAAGAAGAUGAAUCCGUGUAAGAGGGAGAGCAUCAUGUUACCCAAGUCCUUGCUGUCUGUGGUAAAAAAUGCCUCUUCAGAGACAAAAUCUGAAUCAAAAUAUAUAUCACCCAUCACCUACCAACCGAUUGCCCCAGAAAAUGAGAAGAUGGGCUGGGAAGAGCAGUUGUCUCCAGCAACACUUGGUACGCCCACUGAAGACAACCUAGGAAAAACGGAACACCGAGAAGACGUUUCCGGUGAAAUAGAAGUGGUGACCACUGAAGAAAAUACAUCUGACGUGGCUCCUGGUAGUCCUCUGACCCCAGGAAUGAGAGAGAAUUCUGUCCAUCCAAAUAGUAACCAGUCUGAACCCUGUGUCGUCACCUUAAACUCCUAUCACUCCAGAAAUGGUUCUGAUAGUGGCGUUGUGGAAUCCGACAGCUUCUUAUCUGACUCAGAAUUUCCCCCAAAUAAUAAAACCGAAAUAAAGACCGAAGGACAGGAGUGCGUGGUGCUGAGAAACACUACCACCUCCUUUGGUUACGACAAGCCGCAUGUGUUAGUGGAUCUGCUUGUGGACGAAAGUGCUAAGGAAUCCUUGAUUGGUUAUAGACUGACGGCAGAUUCCAAAGAGUUUUCCUAAGGGCAACGAAGACGUGCCAACUUUGAAGGAUCGGCUUUUCCCCAACAGGUUUUCCGCUUUGAUUUCACGAAAGGAUCAUUCUUUCAGAAAUCGUGUCUUUGUCGAUAUUAACCAAGUAAGAGUAUCUAGGUUUACAUAAAUUGCCAAGAGGCUCUUUGGCACUGUGACAUUUGGUCUGAAAACUGCAAAGGCUUUUGAAAUUUUCCAUCUAGGUGGGCUGUUAGUUAACAGUGAAAACUCUUUUAAGAACCCUGCUUCUUAUGAUAGUAGGUGAGAUACCCCAGGGUCCUUUCUAAUCACUUCCAAGACCUAGAAUAGACUUUUUUUCUUUUCUGUGUCUCAGCUUGGUAUUUGUUUUUGGAACUCUACAAGAUAGAUAUAUAUAUAUAUAUGUACAUAUAUAUAUAUUUUUUUUAAUAGAGCAUGAGAGCAUGAGUGGGGGAAUGA